AUGUUCACGCGGAGUAGUGGGACUGAACAAACACCCAGCGGUGUUCUCACACGGCACAGCAGCAGAGAUAUCAAAUCGCCCAGUUGGGAACUUCUCCGCAGUGACGAUUUCUCUUCUUCUCCCACCGUAGACACCAACAGUGAAACCCGGUGGGUCUUAGACAUCACGGAUCUCCAACUCCCUAAAAGAAAAUAUCCGGAAGAUAUUCUCUCAACAUCACCAGGCCCAAGUCCACCUCAGACACUUGUGGAUUAUUUACUCCAGGGAAUUCCCGCCGCCGCCGCCGUCCACAAGAGUCGAGAUUUCACGGGAAGAAAUAAUUUCACACUUGAGGGAAAAGUCAAUGAGGAGUUGUGGUCGCUGCUCCUCCCACCAGAGCCCAUUGUCCAUCCAGCCACACACCACAUGCAAACAGUCAGUGGAUUCUCAACAGGUGAAGAUUCUAAAGAGAUAAAUACACCAUUACAACAACAACAACAAGAAGAUGAAGAAGAGGGAAAAGAGAGAAUUGCUGCUGUACCGCUACUGCGGCGUAAUGACAGAAGAAUGACGCCAUAA